AUAUAUUCAAAUCACAUUAUAUAAUUUCAAAAAUCAUUCACAUUAUUGGAACAAUAUAUAUAUUACUUAAAGAACUUUUUAAUCAUCAUACACUUACACCUCCUUUCCACUUAUGGCUAGAAUAUAAAGUUAGAUUCUAUAGUAACUUCAGUUAGCUCUCGCUAUAAUUUUAAACGUUCGAUUCUCUGAUACGUUAAUAAUCGAUUUCGAAGUACUGGAAAAGAUGCACGCACACAAUAGCACGAACGUGAAUCGACUAUCUUGCAAUCAAUGCCAUCAAACUGUUGUAAACAGUCGUUUCCGAACUAUCUACGAACAUGCACCUCUUCGUUCGAGAUCAAACCAAUCAACCACGAAAUCUGAAUUACGAGAAAGACAUCGUUUACGUGACCAAACAUAAUAAAUGGAUUUUAAAUUCCAUUGGUAUUUGGCCAACCGUAUUAAAAGGCAUUGACGAAUAUUUACCAAAAAUUGCAAUUGGACUGAGUAAUUUAAUAUUAUCCUUCACCGUGAUUCAAUGUAUUCUACAUAUAUUAUUGGAGCAAAAGGAUCCGAUACUAAGAUUGAAAAUCCUUGGUUUAACUUGCUUUUCUUUUAUCUCAUUGAUGAAAUAUUGGGUUUUAACGAUGCGCAAACCAAAAAUCAAACACUGUAUAGAACAGAUACAACACGAUUGGAAACAGGUAGAAUUCGAAAGAGAUCGAAAAUUAAUGUUAAAAUACGGGAUAAUAGGCCGAAAUUUGAGCAUGUACAGUAUUGUUUUCAUGUAUAGCGGUGGUAUAAUUUAUCACACAGUUAUGCAUUACAAACUCGGAUCAUAUAUUGAUGAGUAUAAUCGUACGAUUAAAUUACUGAUAUAUCCUACAUAUAGUCGUCUCUACGACGUUCAAAAAAGUCCAGUUUAUGAAUUAAUUUAUAUUCUCCAAUGCAUCUGUGGAUACAUGUUCGAUGCUGUAACAGUUGGUGCAUGUGGUUUGGCUGCACUUUUUGCAACGCAUAUUUGUGGACAGAUUGAUAUCGUUAUGGCCAAAUUAGAGGAUUUAGUUGAUGGAAAAUUUUCGAAAGAAAAUUCAAAUCCGAAUAUACGAUUGAUAGAAAUUAUCGAACAUCAUAUAAAAAUUUUAAGAUUUUCAGCAAUGGUUGAGACAGUACUGCAAGAAGUGUGCUUUUUAGAAUUCGUUGGUUCCACUUUUGUAAUAUGCUUGCUUGAAUAUUAUUGCAUUACGGAUUGGGAACAAAAUAAUACAAUUGGUCUAACAACAUAUUCAUUAUUACUCAUAUCUUUGACGUUUAAUAUAUUUUUAUUAUGUUACAUUGGUAAUCUUCUGAUAGAAAAGAGUACUAAUAUUGGAAUAGUAUGUUGCAUGAUCGAUUGGUAUCAAUUACCAAUCAAGACAAUUCAAGGCCUCAUCUUAAUGAUCGCCAUGUCGAAUAGUCCAGCGAAAAUUAGCGCUGGUGGAAUAAUUGAUUUAUCUUUAUCCACUUUUGGAAGUGUUUUAAAAACAUCAUUUGCAUAUUUAAAUUUCAUUCGAACUACCAUCACGUCCGGUUCUCUCUUAAUAAUCGAUUAUCGAAUUGUAUUCAAACUGUCAACGAACAUGCAUCUCAUUACGCUAAAUGAGAGUGAUUGCAAAGCGCGAAAUCUAAAAUACAAGGAAGACAUCACUUAUGUAACCAAACAUAGUAAAUGGAUUUUGAAAUCCAUUGGCAUUUGGCCAUCAAUUCUUAAGGAUGUCUCAAGAUUUCUACCAAAAAUCGUGUUUGGAUUAUGUAAUUUUGUCCUAUUUUUCGCCAUUAUACCAUGCAUCCUGUAUAUCGUAAUCGAAGAAAAUGAUACUAUGAUAAGAUUUAAAUUAUUCGGUUUACUGAGUUUCUCUUUAGUUGCCUUGAUAAAAUACUGGACACUUUUAUAUCGCAAAUCAAGAAUCAAGAACUGCGUCGAACAAAUAUGGAUUGAUUGGAAACAGGUAGAAUUAUAUGAGGAUCGCGAAAUGAUGCUCAAAUAUGGACAAAUGGGUAGAAAUUUAAUAAUAAUUUGUGCUAUGUUCACAUACACCGGUGGCACUAUCUUUCACACGAUCUUACAAUAUAAGAUCGGUACAUUUAUUGAUGAAUAUAAUCGCACUAUCAAACCAGUGAUUUAUCCCACGUAUAACGGUCUAUUUAAUGUACAAAGAAGCCCCAUUUAUGAAUUUGUAUACAUUCUUCAUUGCAUGUGUGGAUAUGUCAUGCAUUCUGUAACUGCUGGUGCUUGUGGAUUAACCGCACUUUUUGCAACACAUGCUUGUGGACAAAUUGAUAUCGUUAUAGCUCGAUUAAAUGAUCUUAUACAUGGCAAAUAUACCAAAGAAAAAAUUAAUCUGAACGCACGAUUUACAAAAAUUAUUGAACAUCAUUUGCGAAUAUUAAGAUUUUCAGCAACAGUACAGGUGAUAUUGCAAGAAUUAUGUUUUCUAGAAUGUAUUGGCUCCACUUUUUUGAUAUGUCUGCUCGAAUAUUAUUGUAUAACGGAUUGGGAAUUAAAUAAUACCAUUAGUCUUACAACAUAUAUAAUAUUAUUAAUAUCUCUAAUAUUUAAUAUAUUUAUAUUAUGUUAUAUUGGUGAACUUCUAAUGGAAAAGAGUAGCAGUAUUGGAUUAUCCUGUUUUAUGAUUGAUUGGUAUUAUUUACCAUCCAAAACAAUUCAGGGACUUAUCUUAAUGAUCGCCAUUUCGAGUAAUCCAACGAAAAUAAGUGCCGGUGGAAUAGUUGAUUUGUCUUUGUCCACUUUUGGAAAUGUUCUAAAAACAUCAUUUGCAUACUUAAAUUUUAUCCGAACUACCAUUAUGUAAUAACUAUUUCAUUAUUAUAAAUAAAGAAUAGUUAUAGAAUAGUAAAUAAAAAAAGGAA